AUGUCACGCCGUUUUGAUGGGCCGCAGGACUCUGCUGAACUCCGCAAUUUGCUGCCGCCUACUCAGGAUGAAUUGCGUGAUGCCAUGUGUGUUAUUUUUGCUGGGCAUCAAGAGAAACCUUCACGUCAAACAGUGAAACAGAUGCGACCGAUUCUGAUCACGAAAUCCAUAGUGAAAACAUUAAUUGAGUUUCUGAUUUCCAAUAAUCCCUGGUAUCAGCAGUCUGGCGUUUCGUAUAGCCAGGCAAAUAUGGAUAGCCUUUUUCAAGAAGAUGAGGGUGACGUAGAUACAAGUAUUCCACAGGCAUUGCAAAUAUGCCAUUUAAUCUCGGGAUGUUGGCAUCACCGACGAUGUAGAUUCGAGCGAUAUUACUAUGGAGGCGGUUGGUUUUACCAAAGGGGAUCAUUCGGCAACAAAGAUCCCAACUUUGCGUUUGUUUGCUGGAACAUGAUUCAAAAAAGAGAGUGGACACGUUCCACAAAUGCAAAACCUUCUACGACUCAGGAAAAGAAAGCUGCGAAACUUUUGCGGCGCUUGCAUUCGUCAGCAAGGUCAUUGAAGGGUAGCGCAGGAUACAAGUUGUGCCGUCGAAAUGAAAUACGCUCGCUGAUGAAAAAAUUUAGUACACCAGCUUUGUUUGUGACGGUUAAUCCACAUGAUCUCACCAGUAGCUUGAUCCCCAUCAUUCAUGGACCUGGUGUUUUUGGACAUUGUAAGGCAUAUUAUGGCAUGGUUGAAGCACAAGGAAGGGGUACUCUCCAUUGUCAUUUUCUCAUCUGGGUGAAAGGAAAUCCCAGUCCCCAGGGUUUGCAAUGGGUUUUCAGGCAAAAUGUUUGA